ACCAAUUUCAACACAAAAUUCAAAGGAUUUCCAAGAACAUUUCACUAUAAAAGAAAAGAAGGGUUCCUUCUGUUUAAUACACAUCUCAAUUCUCACAGACCGUCCCGUUUCGAAUAUAUCAAUGGCAGAAGCAACAAAGAGGUAUGCAGUUGUUACUGGAGCAAACAAAGGUAUAGGAUUGGAAACUGUAAGGCAGUUGGCCUCAAAUGGGUUCACCGUAGUCUUAACUGCCCGAGAUGAGAAGAGGGGUCUUGAAGCUGUUGAGAAACUCAAAGAGUCUGGCCUCUCAGGUCAAGUGGUUUUUCAUCAACUUGAUGUGGCUAACCCUGCUACUGUUGCUUCUUUGGCAGACUUCAUCAAAACCCAGUUUGGGAAACUCGAUAUCUUGGUGAACAAUGCAGGGAUUUAUGGAAGCAUAUUAGACGGUGAUGCUUUUAAAGCUGUUAUAGCCUCUGGUGCCAUGGAAAGAGGAGAAGUUGAUUUGAGUAAACUAGUGACUGAAACUUAUGAGUUUGCAGAAGAAUGCUUGCAAAUAAACUAUUAUGGUGCUAAAAGAACAGCUGAAGCACUUAUCCCACUCCUCCAGUUAUCUGACUCACCGAGAAUUGUUAAUGUUUCGUCUGGUGCGGGGAAGUUAAACAACAUACCAAGCGAUUGGGCUAAAGGAGUUUUUACUGAUGCUGAAAACCUAACAGAAGAGAGAGUAGAUGAGGUACUGACUGAGUUUCUAAAAGAUUUCAAGGAGGGUUCACUUGAAAGUAAGGGCUGGCCUUCUUCUAUGCCUGCCUAUACAGUCUCAAAAGCAGCACUGAACGCAUAUACAAGGAUUCUAGCAAAGAAGUACCUCAAUUUUCGUAUCAAUUCGGUCUGCCCUGGCUUUGUCAAAACAGAUAUAAACUGCAAUGUCGGCGUCUUGCCUGUCGAAGAAGGUGGUGCCAGGAUUGUGAAGUUAGCAUUGCUGCCCAAUGAUGGCCCUACUGGCUCCUUCUUUGUUCACAAUGAAGUGUCAGAUCUUUGAUUGAAGAUGAUCCAUUAUGCAAAUUUAAUAGGAGUCACUUAUUGGGCAACAUCUCGUACUGUAAUGUAAUUUUAAGUAUUUUGGUAUGUAUAUUGAUUGAAGGAUCUAGUGCAUUGUUUACAUUUCUACCAUCCAUCUGUUAAUGUGCAAAAAUGGUAAACUGAUUUAGUAUGUAAUUGCUGGUUUAGUGUUAUACUUAGCUCAUAGGCUAAGCUGUCUAUAAUAGUCAAAACGGUUUGUUAAGUCUCAUAGGACUCGACUGGACAGGUGUCAUAAUCUUACUAAUAGUGUAGUUGGAUGGUUGAGAUUGAAGCUAGGAUUUGUCUAGCUCUCUCUCUCUCUCUCUUCUAACAGUAAUAUGAGCUGUGAGUGAAACAGCUCGAUAUACCCAACGAAAUACAAAAAGUUUUACAGAGCAUUUUAUUUCCUUCA